AUGUCCGGCUCUCCACGACUACUCGAUGAUAACUAUUGCAAUGAGUUCGUACAAUUUGCGAUUGUUCUCGAGCGAACUAUUGCCACAAUCUGUGUGCGGAAUUAUGAGCGCGGGUAUACAAGCCUAGUUCCAGCGUUGUUGCUGAUCACGGCUAUCCUUAGUAUGGGAAUGCUCAUGCUACUGUAUUACAAAGAAAGCUUCGAUGGCCCAUUUUUGAAUGCUCGAAUGCUUCCGCCAAGCACUGCUGCUCUUGGAAAUAUUGCUCUGAUACUUUUGAUUCUUUUGAAUCUUACAGCGCUUAUCUGUGCCGUCGCCUUACACUACGUAAAUAAACGCAAACGCAUAAGAGACACGCUUUCGUCAAAAUUUCAACUAAUGGAAAAUCGCAUAACUGCAGACUUGCUUUUCUGGGGCGCAAGCAUACAGUUUAUUAGUUGUGUUCUAAACGACAUUGCCGUAUUAAUGGUGCGCUUAUAUCUGUCGAAAAGUCAAUAUGCUAUGGCAUUCAAGGAAAACGUAGAUCUCGUCAAUAUCUACACCUUCAUUCUACCAGUACUUACCACAAUCUAUCUAAAGAAAGUGAAGCAACGGCGAUUAAGAGAUAUCAAGAAGAAUCUUGGUAUCAAAGCAACUGGGUAUGAGGGCUGGCAGAAUUAUUCUGCUUAUACUCAGCAGCAGUGGAAGUAA